AUGACAUCUGGUCUUGCCGAACUGGGCUCCCUUUCAAUGGAAUUUACCCGCCUGGCACAGCUGACCAAGCAGGACAAGUACUACGAUGCGAUUGCUCGUGUCACGAAUGAGUUGGAUGCCCUGCAAGACUCAACUAACAUGCCGGGCCUGUGGCCCAUGCGACUGAACGCUCGCGGUUGCGCCUCGAAGCCGUCUACCAAUAGCGCCGUUGGUAGUCCGACACGAGGAUAUCCACCCCGUGUGAAGCGUUCGACAAAUACUACGAGUGAUCUGGAAAAUCUGAGCGAGUAUUUGGGUUUAAAGCGUGAGGCUGAGAUUGAUUUGACCAAUGCUGAGCCUGCUACAUACAACCAUGGCCCUGCUGGUUCCAGCCCAGGUAGCUCCAGCUCGAACGGGGCUAGUAGUUUGUCUGGCUCGAGCGGCUCUGACCUGGCUGGAUCGAGCGAGACGAACUCCCAAUCCAAACUUGACGACUGCACCCUUGGCUUGCAGCUUCCUCCUUUCUCCCGCGACAACAAGUACACCUUGGGCGCGAUGGCCGACUCGACCUAUGAAUACCUGCCCAAGGAGUACAUCUUGCUAGGCGGCGUGAACGAACAGUAUAAAAAGAUGUAUAAGAAAGCCAUGGAUGCCGUCCGCAAAAACCUCCUCUUCCGGCCCAUGACCAAAGGUGCCAGCGAUGUGCGUUUCAUUGCAUCUACCGGGGCCUUAAGCCUGCAAAACAAGGACGGCCCGAUGCCCAAGGACAUGAUCUACGAGGGUACCCAUCUGACUUGUUUUGUCGGAGGCAUGGUUGCCGUGGGAGCGAAGGUCUUUGGCCUUGAUAACGACAUGGAGCUUGCAUACAAGCUGACCGAUGGCUGUGUCUGGGCAUAUGAGGCGACCAAGACUGGCCUCAUGCCUGAGACGUUCAAAAUGAAGCCUUGUGGUGGAGAAACGCCCUGUGAUUGGGAUGAAGCACAUUACGACAGCUCCUCCGUCGUGGAUCACACUGACUAUCGGGAUGCUGAAGCCGCGGCCCAGUUCCGUAACGGCGAGAGUACAUAUGGAGAACGCGUGAAGAUGAACAAGCAAAACCUGCCCCCCAAGCCCGCUGAAGGAGACAUUCCCGUGCCUCUUCCCAUGCCCGGAUCUCUGAACCCUCACGAUGAUGGUCUCUCAUGGAAGCGUGAUCUAUCCGUGGUUGACAAGAUUGUCGCGACACCAUCCUCCCGCCCUAUCGCUCAACCGACACCUACUCACCGGGCUCCCAGCGCUGAAGGUCUUGAGAAUCGAGACACGGGCUAUGUCGUCGGCACCAAGCCAAAGCCACCCUCCCGAACCACCGUCAACGAUCGUUUCCCACCUGGCAUGGUCAGCAUUGGUGCGCCGGGCUAUUACCUGCGACCCGAAGCAAUCGAGUCGGUCUUCUUCAUGUAUCGCCUGACUGGGGACAAGUAUUGGCGCCAAAAAGGCUGGAAAAUGUUUGAAGCGAUAGUUAAACACACGCGGACCGACCUGGGAAAUGCGGCCAUCAACGAUGUCACAUCGGGGAAGCCAUUGCAGAAGAACUCAAUGGAGUCGUUCUGGCUGGCCGAGACGCUCAAGUACUUCUACCUGCUCUUCUCCGAUCCCAGUGUGGUUGACUUGGACAAAUAUGUUCUGUAA